GCGUUGACACAUCCUGCUUUGUCUUGUGGAAUUACGCUGAGCAAAACACAGCAAAGUCAACGCUAUCUCAAGCAGCUAUUUUAAAUUCGAUAGUUUGACGUUUUCACCCUCCAUGUUUUUACACGCUGCUUUACACUUCCGUUUCCGAUCUAUCGUGGGGAUUAUUAGGCGUGUCUAAAACAACAGAGGAUUAUUUACUCGGAGCGGAUUGCAGCCAUGAUGGCGUCAAGCUACAAUGCUAAGGAAGAAGACGGCCACCACUCUGGUCCUUCGAGUCAUGGCGGCGCCGGGGCCGUGAAAAGUAAAAAGCCCGACAACACAGCAUUUAAACAGCAGAGACUACCUGCUUGGCAGCCCAUUUUGACAGCUGGUACUGUGCUUCCUGCUUUCUUCGUCAUCGGCCUCAUCUUCAUCCCAAUCGGCAUCGGCCUGUAUGUUACUUCCAAUAACAUCAAGGAAUUCGAAGUUGAUUACACUGGUGUGGACAUAUCAAGCCCAUGCUACACCUGUGCCAAAAACUACAGCUGGAACAGCACUGCGCCACCCUGUGUCUGUUCUGUCAACUUUACUUUGGAGCAGCCCUUCGAGAGCAAUGUCUUCAUGUACUACGGCUUAUCCAACUUCUAUCAGAACCACAGACGCUAUGUGAAAUCCAGGGAUGACAGCCAGCUCAAUGGCGACCGUUUGUCUUUAAAGAGUCCCAGCAAGGAAUGUGAGCCAUACCAUGCCAUCGAGGGUCAGCCCAUUGCUCCUUGUGGUGCCAUCGCUAACAGCCUCUUUAAUGACUCUCUGGUUCUUUAUCAUAUCGAGUCUAACGGUACUCGAAUCCAAAUCCCUUUGGUAAAGAAGGGCAUCGCCUGGUGGACAGACAAGCACGUCAAGUUCAGGAAUCCUGGUGGAAACAGCAAUCUGACUAUCGCUUUUCAAGGUACUUCCAAACCAUUGAAUUGGAGGAAGCCUGUGUUUGAGCUUGAUACAGAUGACGACGACAACAAUGGCUUUAUCAAUGAAGACUUCAUAGUGUGGAUGCGCACAGCUGCCUUACCCACUUUCCGUAAGCUUUAUAGGAUCAUCCAAAAAAAGCAGAGCUCAACCCCAACCCUUGCUAGCGGCAGAUACGUCUUGGACAUCACCUACAAUUACCCUGUCCUCAGCUUUGAUGGACGCAAGCGAAUGAUCUUGAGCACCAUCUCCUGGAUGGGAGGCAAGAACCCUUUCCUGGGGAUCGCGUACAUCACUGUGGGCUCCAUUUGCUUCUUCCUGGGUGUGGUUCUGCUCAUCAUUCACCAUAAAUAUGACUCCCGCAACAACAGCGCUGACAUUCCAAACUAACUCCUGCCUGCAGAGUGUCCCUUCCGGACUGCCUGACGGUUUUAGCUUGAAUACACUGUAAAUAUAUGUUGUAUGUUUAUGCAAGAAUUGUCUCGUUUGUCAUCCAAAGCUGUGUUUGAAGGUAAAAGUUAACGCCUGAGUCUUGACUGCUUCAAGUUGGCUGCUGCAAAUGUUUUUAUUUUUAAAAGGGUCUAUUUAUCUAAAGUAUACGUGCUCUAUGUUAGCACAGAGCUUUGCGAAUGGCUUGAUUAUUGAAGGAUGUAUGUAUUAUAUCCCAGGUUUUGUCCAUGUUCCUGUACUGUAAGAUGUACUCCUGAUGAAUGUACUAAUAUAUUACAUUGACUUACCUCUCA